AUGCAAGCUUUGGCUGGGUACAAGCCAAUUGCCGAAAGGCAAAGGAGAGGGGUUACUUUAUUGGUCACAAGCUUCUACUCAGAAGUCUUGGAGGAACAGUAUCUAACCUUUGGUGCAAGUUCGGUGAAGUGGGGGCCGAUCUCCGAGGAGCAAGAAGACAAGGUUGAGAGGGUGAGGUCAUUGUUGUCAGAGACCGAGCGUGAUUACAGAAACCUAGUCACCCAGAAGAAUCUGUUUGAGUCUAGCCUUUUAAAAGGAAUGGUAGGUAUUAUAAAGGGAAGCACGAAGGUGGCUGUGUAUUUGGAUGAUACCGAGAUGCAGAGGCGACUUAGGGAGUCUCGGCCGAAGAAGGCUAAGAAGGGGGUGCCAAGUAGGCGACUGAGAACGUUGGAGGAAGCUCACCAGAGUGUGAUGGGAACAGGGCCGAGGCUUCCUCCAUUUGACCUGCAGGCGCCGUUGAAGCUCCCCUUCGGUAUGGAGGAUGUUUAUGCUGAGGGGAUGGAGAAGGUGGACUUCUCCAUGUUGCAUUGGCAGAAGAAGGAGGUGAACCUUGCCAUGCAUCGGCAAGAGGUUCCCUUGGUGAACGUCUUCCUAGAAGGCGUGAAGAGUGACCCUGAGGUUCUGGCGAUGACACCAGCCUCUUCGUAUGCAGAUCGGGCCCAGAAGACGUUCCUUACCCAUGCCUAUGCCUUUGGUGAGAUGUAUGUCAACAUGGCCAAGGCAUAUAAGGAAAUUCGGAGAUUAAAGAGGCGCAAUGAGAUGGCCAAGGAUAAGAUAGCGGAGGCGCAAGAAGCCAUCCGAGAGAAGAUCACCCUGCUGUUGCAAAAGGCGGCGUUGGCCAGAGAGGAGAAGGAGCUGAAGCGGUCGAGGGUAGAGGAGGUAGCUGUUGCCAGGGCCGAAGUGGAGCAGAAGAAGGCCGAAGAGAUAGCUGCUGCCUGA